AUGGGUAAAUCUGUAUCCAAGCUUUCCAAAGACGAAUUACGAUCACUUAAAAACGCGACAUAUUUUGAUAAGAGAGAGCUCCAACAAUGGUACAAAGGAUUCCUUAGAGAUUGUCCGUCUGGCCAACUUCUGGAAGAAGAAUUUAUUAAAGUCUUCAAACAAUUCUUCCCCUUUGGAGAACCUUUAGAUUAUUGUCAUUUUCUAUUCCAAGCGUUUGACGUUGACAAAUCCAAAUUCAUUGAUUUCAAAGAGUUUAUAUUGGCUUUAAGUAUCACCAGUCGAGGUAACUUGGAACAAAAGUUGGCCUUCAGUUUCAGAAUGUACGACUUCCGUCGGAACGAGAAAAUCGAUUAUAAAGAUAUGUUACAAGUUAAUAGAGCCAUAUAUAAGAUGUUGGGUAACAUGGUGACGUUACCUGAUGAUCAGAAUACUCCUGAACUUCGAACAAAGAAGUUGUUUCUGUUACUUAACAAAGAUCCUAAUCAUGAUACCAUAAAUCUUGAAGAGUUUAAACAACUUCUGAUGAAAGACCCGAACAUCACAAAUGCAUUACACAAUUAUGACGGAUUAGUAUAG